UCCUGCAGUCAGACAUCCAACGAGCCCAUCGGUCAGUAGCCACUGGAUCCCAUUCAGUGUGCUACAUCUCUGCUCUUUCAAAAUUUACUGGAGAUUUCCUUGGAAUUCCUGGUGUUGUCCCAUGUGGAUGCCUUGUUUUUAAUCACCAGAAGAGGCAACAUGUCAGACAGGUCACCUUCAACCAGCAGUACAUUCCACAGAAGCGCCCCAAGCACCUCCGGAUCAGAAGCAGAUGUGCUGUCCCAGGGCUCAGAUAUAAGUGACAGAAAAGUGCGGAGGAGAGAAAAGAACAGAGUAGCAGCACAAAGAAGUCGAAAAAAACAGACGCAGAAAGCAGACAAACUACAUGAGGAAUAUGAAUGUCUUGAGCAGGAAAAUUCAUCUUUGAAAAAGGAGAUAGGGAAACUGACUGAUGAACUGAAACAUCUGAGUCAGGUGCUAAAAGAUCACGAGCUGAUAUGUCCUUACUUACACUGUCCGGUAAACUUUGUGACUGUUCCCAGGGUGACAGAUGCGAUUUCUAGCUGCUUGCCUCGAUGA